AUUCCGGUAGUUUUAGUAUAAAAAGAGCAAAUAUUCCUCUGAAACUUUAGUUCGAUAACUGUGCGAUAUCAAUCUAUAAUAAAAUUUAAACAUUAGUCUAGUGGGAACCAGAAAUUAUGUUUAAAGUACCAUUUUAUAUUAUGCUCCUUGCGGGAAAUCUUCUUAACGCCUGGACUUUGGAUAUUUGUGAAGAUCAAGUGGAUGGCGCACGUUUAGCUCACCCGGCGGAUUGUUCACGUUUUAUACAGUGUCAUGAUGGUGAAACGGUGGCCAUAAGAUAUUGUCCAUUUGGUUUACAUUUCAAUCGUUAUGAAUCGAUUUGUGAUUUUAAAUUUCGUGCUGGCUGUGAUUUCAGUUAUGCUCUGCAGUUAGUGGGUUAUGAUAAUGCCAAUAAAGUGGAUUGUGAGGCCUGUCAUGCUAAAUGCGGUGGUUCUCCUGGUACUGGUGUUGGUCCAAUAAGACCACCAGGUCGUCCACAGGGCAAACCCUCUACUCCUUGUCUCACAGCACCAACGCCUAAGCCAACACCAUCUCUUCCUACAGCACCAACACCUUGUUCCGAAGAACCACCAACUCCAUCUCCUCCUACUCCGUCCCCACCUACACCAUCACCACCUACAGCGCCAACACCUUGUCCUGAAGAACCGCCAACUCCAUCGCCACCUACUGCAUCGCCACCUACAGCACCAACACCUUGUUCCGAAGAACCACCAACUCCAUCUCCUCCUACUCCUUCCCCACCUACACCAUCACCCCCUACAGCACCAACACCUUGUUCUGAAGAACCACCAACUCCAUAUCCUCCUUCAGCAUCGCCACCAACAGCACCAACACCUUGUCCCGAAGAACCGCCAACUCCAUCGCCACCCACAGCAUCGCCACCUACUGCAUCUCCGCCAACAGCACCAACACCCUGUUCCACCACCACUUCAACUCCAUACAAACCCACUCCAUGUCCACCAACACCCAGUCCACCAUCAGGCGGUGAAGGCGGCAGUGAUAAUCCACAACCACAGCCACCAAUUACCGGACCCUCGGGUAUAAGUUGUGCCAAUUCUGGAAAAUGUCAGGGUCAAAGAGAUGGUGCCAUAUUCGCAGAUAAAUCCAGUAGCGGUUUCAUUGUCUGCCAAUGUCAGUGUGAAAUCAAAAUGCCUUGCCCAGCUGGUUUGGUAUUUAAUGAACGCCUACAAGUCUGUGAUUGGCCACAAUCUUAGAGAUUAAAUAAAGUCGGGGAUUUGAAAAAAAAAAAACUAUAUAUAAAAUAUUUUGCCCAAAAAUAAAACUUAAUAAAGGAAAUUGCAUGCAAAAAA